AUCGGUAAAUGUUCUAUCGUGUAUUUCUAACUUCAAAGCGAUUGAUAUUUUUUCAUGUAGAUACAAAACUCAGUUUUUUCAGUACAUUGUUCGAGCGUUAUCAAUUGCAAGUAAACUUUCGCUACGUAUUGACGCUGCUGGUAUUCUAUGUGCUCAAUUUUUGAUUUACACUGAAAAAGAUAAACCAUCACUCGUCGAAUACUUCUUUGGACCUGAUGAAGAAUUGACAGAAGUGGAUGAUAACACACAAACAAGUGAAGUUGUACUUGUCGAAGAUUGA